AGCGAUGGCGGUCUCGUCCAGAGCAUCAUAGAGUUUUCUUCUGUCUAUUUGGACGUUUUUACAAUGAAUAUCUUCACUCUUUAAGCGCCAUAUUCCCCGUAUAGAUGCUCCUCGCUGUGCUGUCUCCGGUGUGAGGAGAAGAUGAGCGGCUGGGCCGGGUUCUCUGAUGACGAGCUGCGGAAGAUGCAGCAGAAAGAGGGGUCUGGCCGUGGCAGGAAGCCUCCUGCAGUGACUCGUAGCCGUCAGCAGCUCCAGAGGGAGAGAGCUCUGCAGCUGACCGCUCAGAAACACUCAGAGACGGCUUCUCCUGCUCUCUGCCUCCCGCCGGAGCAGAAACUCAACAAACCUCCGCCGGAGGAACAACCAGAGACCCGGGUUGAGCCCCGGGGGGCCACAGCUCCAGCCAGGGCCCCUGCUGUCGGGCUGGAGGGCCCUCAGAGACCCAGAGACAUGAAGCCGGCUCCGGAGCAGGAGAGCCCUGCAGUCAAAGAGCUGGAGAAACAAGAGGUGGAACUGAGGGAGAAGACGCGUCUGGAGCUGCUGCAGCAGGAGCAGAAAGUCAUCGAGGAGAGGAACAAACGCAAGAAAGCUCUGCUCACCAAAACCAUCGCUGAGAAGUCCAAGCAGACCCAGGCCGAGGCGGUGAAGCUGAAGAGGAUCCAGAAGGAGCUGCAGGCUUUGGACGACAUGGUGUCCAACGAUAUCGGCAUCCUGAGGAGCAGGAUCGAACAGGCCAGCUGGGACUACUCCACCGCCAGGAAACGCUACGAGAAGGCGGAGACGGAGUACGUGACGGCCAAACUGGACCUGCACAAGAAGACGGAGGUGAAGGAGCAGCUGACGGAGCACCUCUGUGCCAUCAUCCAGCAGAACGAGCUGCGCAAAGCCCACAAGCUGGAGGAGCUGAUGCAGCAGCUGCAGCUGCAGGCCACCGAGGAGGAGCUGGAGAAACAGAGGGAGCAGGAGGAGAAAGAGAAAGAGGAGGAGAAGAGGAAGAAAGGGAGCUGUGUGGAGGAGCAGAGAGAUGGCAAACAGGAGAACGGUUCAGUGGAGAAUCAGGAGGAAACGCUGCCGGCAACCAAAGAGAGCAGAGCCUCAGAGGAGGAGCAGCAGGAGGAGCAGCAGGAGGAGCAGCAGGAGCAGGAACCAGCCUGUAAAACACUACAAAACUGUGUCCAGAGUGAAAUCGUGGCGUCCUGAUGCUCCGACAGGAGAAACACUCGUCAUAUCUAUACAGGUACGUCUCAAAAAAUUAGAAUAUCGUGAAAAUAUUUUUUGUCAAUUAUUUCAGAAAGUGAAACUCAGACAUUAUAUAGAUUCAUUACACACAGAGUGAAAUAUUUCAAGCCUGUUUUUCUUGUAAUUUUGAUGAUUCUGGCUCAGAGAGAAUGAAAACACUAAACUCAGUGUUUUAAACUCAAAUGUCAUGCUUCUGAAAAGUCUGUUCAUUUCUAUACAUCAAUACUUGGUUGGGCUCCUUUUGCAUGAGUUAGUGCAUUUAUA